AUGAGCACCAAAGAUGACAUUCACAAUGAAGAGACCCUUCAGGAAGAAUUCCACACUAUUGAAGUGCUGUAUGGCCAAGAAAAAAGCUAUACAAUUGAUGACUCUCGCAUAAGGGAGGUAAACAAAAAGACAGUGAUGGAAAUCCAGCUCACUACCAAAUUAGGGUCUCAGUGGUUCACAGUUCCUUGUCAGGAGUCUCUGCUCAGCGUGUAUGGGAGGGAGGGGGAAGCCGUUGUGUCUAUGAAUGAUACCACAAGACCUGAGGGUCAUAAAAGUCAGUCUCAAGAGGAAGGACAAGCUCUGCCGGUUGCAGGGGAAGGGAUAAGCCCUGAGGAGUUGUCAGCCACCUCUUUUGGUAGCCCUACUGAAGUUGCAAUUGCAAGGUUCAACAGAGAACAGCCUGAUGGUGAACUCACAUAUGAGACAAAAUCACGACUUGAUUCAUUGUAUUCACCGGCAUACGACCAGUGGGUCAAGGCGGGAUAUGUGGUAGCUGAUGUGGUAGCUGGUGUGGAGAAGACUACUCCUGCAGUGUCCUCACCUUAG